AUGUUGCCUUUUAUUUUUCAUUUUUUUCUUUUUUUUUUUUUUCCCCUUCUUUUGUGCAAAAAAGGGCGAAAAGUGUUGAUGUCAACUUCCUCGACAAAAAUGCGGCCAUCACAUUUACAAGAGUUCUUUUAUGUAUCUUUGCAAAACAUGUCAACUGAGGAGGUUGAGGGAACACGCUGGGGCGUAGCGAGGGUUUGGCAGGCGGCGAUGGGUUUUUUUCUCUUGGAGCGUUUUCAGUUCAAAAGGUUUGCUGUGUGGAUUGCAACUUAUCACUACGUCCCUUUACUGGCUUCCAUUUUGGCUAUAUUGGUUAACUGCAUUUUACACCUUUUUUUCCAGUUUGUCUUUCCUGUUCUACGGGAGAAGUAUCACUGGAGCAAGUAUACAUGGCGAGAUGUAAAGGAUACCCCACUCGGUCAUGACGGGGUGUGGGCGUUGAGUGUUGUAUUGUCACACAUGAGCAUCCUUCUUGGAAUAGUCGCUAUCGGUUAUAAAUUGAUGAAUGUUGUCACAGAUGCCAUGAUUGAUUCCUGUCUAGUGACUUAUGAUGAGACAGCCCAGUGCACCGUCGGUUUUCAUCGUUUGCUUCAGGGCUAUCAGUCGUUAUUUCUUUUUCCCUACGCAAGGUUGGUUGCGCUUUUUUGGUUUUGUUGUCUUUCGGGAGUUCUCGUGGGCAUUUUUAACAGCGACUCACUUAUACACUGGGAACGUCGAAGCGGUGAUAUCUCCUUUUUCUUUCUUGUUACUAUGCCUCCGCUGGUGGCGAUGCUUGUAUGGAGCUAUCAUCAUAACGUGUAUGACUCUUUGGGACCUUCCAUGACGCGAUGGUGGCGGAAGGCGGUGCCGCGGCUUCGGCGUACUUAUUUGUAUCUUCUUGCUCUUUACUGUGCAUAUUUAUCCCGGAAGAAGGGCUACAGUCGGGGGUUUGCGCGGUUCUGUGAGGGGAUGCUCUAUGUCAACAUGCUUCAUGUCUUUCUUCUGUUGGCAAGCCGAUUGACGGUUUUCUUGUACAAUCUCGCGAUCCUCACGGCAGCAGCGGCGCGGGAUCCGAAGCGGCGGUGUGGACUUCUUUUUUACGCGCUGUUACUGACACUUUUGGUGAUUUCAUCUGUUGCUGCCUUCUCUACUACGCUUGUGAUUGUGCGAGUGAUGUGUGCCUGCGGGAUUCUCAGCUCGGUUGUUAGGCGGUGGCACCGGCUGAAUGAUGACCGACCGCCGCAGGAAGACAGCCCCGGGCAAUGCGGCGGGGAAUCCACACUCACCCCCGCCACCCCCACGACGACGAAGUCCACGUCGCCAAACUCCAUCAGAGGCCUUCAAAAUUCCUGUAAGGACGGCAGAGGGGCUCCGCUCAGCCGCCGCCACCGUCCAGGUGUGUUGUUGCGCGCCUUUCAUCGGUUGUCUUUGACAUCGGCCGUUGCGCUCGUGCUGAGCCUCGCUCUUUGGGUCAGCGUGAAGCACCCCGGCUUUGAAGGUGUCACGCCAACACGAUGCGAAGGCGACGUCACCGGUGAGCGUAUUCGCGUUACGGCACGCUACAUGGUCGCCGACAUCUACUCGCUUCCCGCCCACAGGGAUCCUAAGAAGUUGGUGUACGAGGAGGACCAGUCAAAAUAUGAUUUAAACUGGCAUUCCGGGCUUUGUUCUCGCCGGUGGGCUGACGAUUUGUACGCGGCGGACCUUGCGUACUUCUCCCUUAUGGCCUAUUUGCAGCGGGACUCUGCUGAUUUUCGUACGAUGCUUAACUUUUACCGGCGCUACCGCGAUGGUGCCUCGGACUGGGUGGACAUCCCAACAAACCACACUUAUGGCCGGGCUGUGUUUCGUCAUAUCUAUUCGCCGUCCAAGAACACUUCUGUGAUUGCCGUGCGGGGGACAGACGUCACCUCACCGUUUGAUUUCCUACAGAACCUUCUGCUUUUUAGUGAAACGUUUUUUUUUAAAUUGGUUGCAAGUUUUCUACCACUGAGCGGUCUUAUCCCUGAGCGUGUCAUUGCCGACUACGUGGCAGCAUCGAGUGCGAUCAGCUCUGCGCUUCUCGGCGGGCCAGCGGAAGACUACUACCACCUCCACGUGGAGGAGUACUUGGGCGGAGUCACCUCAAAACAUAUCAUUUUGACAGGCCACUCUCUCGGAGGUGUCGUGGCACAAAUUGUGGCGGCUCGCAAACAACUUCCUGGCGUUGCAUUUAGUAGUCCCGGAAUUAAUCUCAUGCGGAAGAAGUUGGGGAUUAAACCCGACGCCAUAGACGGCUUCACGACGAAUGUUAUUGUGUCCAAUGACUUUACUGUGGAUAUUGCCACCCCUGGCGGAACGGUGCAUCAUAUCCAGUGUGAGCACCAAACAGCUGAAGUAUGCCACUCCAUUGAACUUCAUGCAAUCCGCAUGUGGACCGUCUGUCCGUCGUAUCGUGCACGGACGCGUAUUAACGGCACUUAUACCUUGACGGGGUAA